CGCAUGCUACGGUUCGGGGCACGCCAUCUUCUCACUGACCGCCGCGCCUAUAAGAUCCGCUUACACACCGCACGGUCGUAUCUCUAUCUUCAGCACCAUCCUCUGAGUUCUAGUCCAACGUUGCGCGCGAUGUCGACCCAAACGAUCGCCGUUCUCGACGAGUCCGAGCUUAAGGAUGGGCAAUUGAAGGAAGUCCCGUUCGGCGAAGGCAAGGUGUUGCUGUCGAGGCUGGGCGACACCGUGCACGCAACGUCCGCGUUCUGCACGCACUACGGCGCCCCGCUCGCUAAAGGUGUUCUUACCGCCGAUGGACGCGUAGUAUGUCCAUGGCACGGAGCGUGCUUCAAUGUAUGCACUGGGGACAUUGAGGACGCACCCGCACCUACCGCCCUCCACUCGUUCAAGGCCACUAUCAAAGAUGGCAAGAUCCACGUAUCCGCCGACCCCAGCAAGACCAAGAAGGAGAACAUGUCGCGACCGCCCAAAUUGCUCGCCUCCGGCGCAGAAACAUCAGAGAACCCUGUGGUCAUCGUCGGUGGAGGAAGCGGUGCCUUCCACGCCGUCGAAAGCUUGCGCGAGCACGGCUUCAAGGGUCCUAUCACUAUCCUCAGCAAGGAGACUUACGCGCCCAUCGACCGGACUAAGCUCUCCAAAGCCCUCGUCACCGACCCAUCCAAGCUCGAAUGGCGCAGCGCUGCGGACCUCAAGAUCAAGUACGGAACGAUUCUCAGGACCGGCGUCGAGGUCACUUCGGUCGACUUUGCGAAAAAGAGCGUCGUCAUCGGAAACGGACAAGAGAGCGUGAGCUAUGGCACGUUGAUCCUUGCCUCGGGAGGAACGUCCCGUCGGUUGCCCAUCGAGGGCAAGGACUUCUCAAACGUGUUCACCCUCCGGGGGAUCAACGACGCCAAGCAGAUCGAUGCAGCUGCCCAGGAGGGUAAGCGCCUCGUCGUGAUCGGUAGCUCGUUCAUCAGUAUGGAGCUCGUCGUCGCGGUGUCGAAGCGCAAGCUGGCGUCCAUCGAUGUUAUCGGCAUGGAGGAGUACCCCUUCGAGGCGGUCCUCGGCAAAGAAAUCGGCAAGGGGCUGAAGCAGUUCCACGAGUCGCAAGGCGUCAAGUUCCACAUGCAGGUCAAGGUCGAAAAGAUCGUGCCCGCUUCGGACGACCCGUCGAAGGCCGGAGGCGUUGUCGUCAACGGCCAGAUCCUCCCCGCAGACCUCGUCGUGAUGGGCGUCGGAGUGGCGCCCGCGACCGAGUACCUGAAGGCCUCCGGCCUGCCGCUCGAGCGCGACGGCUCCGUCGCCGUCGACGAGUUCCUCCGCGUGAAGGGCCAGCAGGACGUGUUCGCGAUCGGCGACAUCGCGACCUACCCGCAGAUCAAGACGGGCGAGAGCCGGCGGAUCGAGCACUGGAACGUGGCCGGCAACCACGGUCGCGCGGUGGGCAAGACGAUCGCGAUGCCCGGCGAGAAGCAGCCGUUCGUGAAGAUCCCCGUGUUCUGGAGCGCCCAGGGCCAGCAACUGCGGUACUGUGGCGUCGGCGCAGGGUUCGAGGACGUGAUCAUCAAGGGCGACCCGGGCGAGAUGAAGUUCAUCGCGUACUACGUGAAGGACAACACCAUCGUCGCGGUCGCGACGAUGCAGAACGAUCCGGUCGUGAGCAAGGCGUCCGAGUUGCUCCGGCUCGGUUUGAUGCCCUCGCCGCAGGAGGUGAAGGAUGGCAAGGACCUGCUGUCCAUCGACAUUUCCAGUGUCGCGGUCAAGGAGAAGGUGGCAAAUACUGUGGCUUAGAAGGAGGCUCGGUUCCGAUGUGUAUAAUAGACGCAAGCGCGCCGCGAUGUAACAACAAAGCAGAAUUCACUGUCAAUCUGUAUUCACAGCCAUUCGUCUCCAACCCUUCCUCCCAAGACGUGUACUUUUCAACAGUUUGAGCGCGUACAGUAAGAAUAUGUUCAGGACAGAGCACGUAAACAGGCGAUAUCGACAACAAAGCGACCCUUCUACCCCAACAAGCUCCUAACGUAUUUCAUCAGGUCCCUGCUCCCCCGUUUCUUCACGUCGGCGAUCAUCGCGUUCACCGCGUCCACUUCCUCCUCUACCUCUUCCUGCCCUUCGUUCUGCCCCUCUU